AUGGCACCGCAAUACCUCGUCGACAUCUACGUUCGACAUCCCAACAGCCCAGGCGGCGUUAUGCUCAUCCAAAAAAACGUCUCCCGCGACAGCCUCGAGACCUACAGCGACCAAGCCCGCCAUGUCCUCAGCCAAUACCCGGUCGCCAACGAGACCCACCGCAUCAUCACUCUCCCUUACGGCGUCCCAGCAGCCCUUAGCAAGGUCCUCCACAUCAUCAGCUCCCACAAAGGCCGCGGCCCGUUCUACAUCGGCGGACUCAAGAGCAUGUCCAACGCCCAGCGCUGCUACAUCUGGCAAGCCUGCGACAUCUUCAAUCUGGCCGACAAGGAAGCCUGGGCCCGAGUCACCCGCGACCUCAAGUACCGCAUCUCCCACAACAACCUCACCCCCGAGACCAUCCGCGCCGUCCACCAGGUCUUCGACAAGUACCGCGACGAUCCCGAGAAGGGUAAGGUGUGGAAGAACUUCGUCAACCAAUACGUAUGGGAUACGCUGCAGAACCGAUACCCGCCAGAGAAGCAGCAGGAGCUCGACCUCGAGUUGCUCAGCUAUCCGAGUCUCCAGAACGAUAUCAUGGUUCGCGAGGAGGAGCUGCGUCCGAAGAUCAUGCAGCAUAGCGAGUACCAGAGAGGCAACGCGGAGUGCCACGAGCAGAACAAGGUUAUCAAGCAUGUCAGAAGUGAGAAGAAGUACCAGGAGAGUCAAGAGAAGCUCAGACGCAAGCAUGCGGAGCAGGUGCUGGCUGGCGAGCGCGAGUACUACGCUGAGUUGGAGCCGUAUCUUCAGGAGCUGAAGGGUGAGCGCAAGGCCGCCUCGCCUUGA